CAGCCCGGGGGAAAAAAUCUACGAGCUAUGUUCACUGGAGGGAACUCCUCAGCUGGGGCCUCCGGGCCCAAAAUGAAGAAGCUCUGGGUGGCGAAGAAAGCCGCUCGGACCCCAACCAAGUCCCCUGCAAAGGGGAAAGAGCAGCCCCCAGCUGCCCAGGCAGAGGAAACUGUACCUCCUGUUGUAGUGGGGAACAUGCCCCCACCCCCUCUGCGAGCUCCGGCCUUCGUCCGGGACACAGGGGCGGAGCUCGAGGCUUUGGCAACUGCGCCCCCCGAGGUGCGUAUCCCGGUGGACCCCUAGACCCUGGAGAAGAUUCCAGAUGUCUUUUGGGGGACGGUGUAUGAGAUGGCGAGCUACACCGUCGACCACUUCUACCGCUUCAACGAGAGGGAGCUGCGGGCCAUCGAAGCAAGGAGCCCGGUGGGCGUAAUGGAAUCUUCACUGGGCAUGGCCCUAACGAGCGUCUUGGCCAUUCACCAAAGCAUAGCCAGGGCCAAGGCCCAACUCGAGGAUAUGAGGGGCGAGCAUCAGGCGGCUUUGGCCGCCCAUCAGACUUCCUUGCAGACGGCCCAACAGAAGGAAAAGGAAGCCAAGGAUGCUCUGACGGCCGUACAGGCCGAGCUGGAAGAAGCCCGUCCUAAGCUUCAAGAGGCCGAGGCUACCAAAGCCGCCCUCGCUGCCGCGCUGGUCGAGCUAGACUCUGCGAAGGCUAGGGCCGAGGAGGCUAAGGCCGCCUUGGAAACGGAGAGGGCAGCCUCCAGCACCGCCAUGGAGGACAUGCUCUACCAUUGCUGGGCCUAUAAUCCGGACGGCGACUUCUCCUUCUUAGGAGCGGACGGGGAGGUCUUCCUGGAGGGGUUCAAAGCUCGCCUCCAGCAGGAGGCACCUUCUGAUACGGGGGAGGCACUCGUCGUGGCCGAGCAGGAGGGCGAGACAGCGACCUCGUCGGGGCAGCCUGGUGGAGCUUAGGGCCUUUCUUUUUCGCACCCUUUCCUUUAAUAUUCUCAUUAAUUUUUUUUUGUUUGUAACUUUGCAUGAGGUUUUUCCACCUCGAGACAAUUGGUUUUAUCAAUUUUUUAUUUUAAUUGGUUUAUUUCCUUUUGCCUUUACGCAUUUUAGUUACUACU